AUCGUGCCAGACAAUCAGAAGGCUGCUUCAUGAUGCUUUCUGAAUCUCAUCAUCAAGUCCUCCGGCUUGAGAACCAUUCCAGGUUUUCGGAACUUGAGUCUUGCUGUUUCUGUUUGAUUGAAGCUGAUUAGAACUGAUACAACUGAUUGCUCCGCAGUCACAGUUAGUCGGCUUGGUGGGAUUAAGUACACACUGCCAGCCUUGUAUCGUGGAUUAAUUCUAUCCAGACUUAUCAUCUGUAUCAUCCUCGCAAUUGAUAGUUGACACUCUUUUGAUCCUUUUCCCCUCGGUCUGACCGUCAGGAACGCUGCCGGUGGAUCUUCAAACACACUUGCCCCACCGCUGACUGAUUGUCCCCCGACUGUAUUCCUAAUCAACUCACAAAAAAGUGCGACCAAGUCUUCCCAGUCUCCAGGUUCAUCCGCCCCAUUCCGAAAGAUGUCCUUCGAAUUGAAAGAUAAAGGCAAUCGCCUCUUCAAGGAUGGCGAUUACAAUGGCGCUGAGGAUCUAUACUCCCAAGCCAUCCAGAAGAACCCCAGCGAACCUACCUUUUUCACGAACCGCGCCCUGACCCGGAUAAAACUGGCGAAAUGGGCCGGUGUGGAACACGAUGCGCGCGCCGCGAUCGACCUCUACGGCCCCAAGAACCCCACCAGCAUCAAGAGCUCCUACUACCUAGCGCAGGCGUUGCUGGGUCUCCAGAAGCCGCAGGAGGCGUACGAUGUAGCCAUUGACGCAUACCAGGCGAGUCUGGCGAGCAAGAACGUCCAGACCGAGAAUCUGUCCAAGACCGUCCUCCGCGCGAAACAGCAGAUCUGGGCUGCCAAGGAGACGUCCCGACUGCGGGAGAUGAACGAGACACUGGGCAGUGUGGAGCAAUUGAUCGAGAAUGACCUCCACCAGGCUCUGGCUGAGUUACAGGCCAAGUUGGAGAAAGAGGAGAUCGGACAGACUGGGUUUGCUGAAGACGAGAAGGCGCUUCGCGGGGAUGCGGAGAAGAACGUGCAUAAUGUUCGUGAGGCAUUCCGCAUUGCGUCGAAUGGUGAUAUCCAAGAAAGAGUUGUCCCAGAUUAUCUCGUCGACGGCAUCACGUUCGAAAUCAUGCACGAUCCCGUCAUCACCCCCUCGGGCAGCAGUUUCGAUCGCAUAGGAAUUACCAAGUACGUCGAGCAAUCCGGCGUUGACCCCAUCACCCGGGUAUCUAUGUCCAUCAACGAUUUGCGCUCAAACUAUGCCCUCAAGGCUGCCUGUGAAGAAUUCCUCAAUAAGAAUGGAUGGGCUGUGGACUGGUGAUUGCCAGCUUGAUUUUCUUCUUCUUCUUUUUAUCUUGUUUUUCUUCCAUUCUUGUUUAUUCCUUUUUUGUCUCCGACAGUGAUUGUAAUUCUUGGUUUGUCAAAAGCGAGGAAUACCCGUCACUGAUUCUUGCCUUUUGCAUAAUAUCGGCGUCUUGGGUUGUGUGAUAGAAUUUGAUGUCUUUGAUUCUUGUAGAUAUUGUCUAAUAACCUUUUUGUCUUUCAUGUCGACAUUUUGAUCGAGUCAUGGUUACGUUGAAUGAACAAUGACAUACAU